UAUUUUUAUCGCAACAAGACGUGACUUUAACUAACCAAUAUAUUGUAUUCAUAUACAUACUCGUAUGAAGAUUCUUUUGUCUGUCAAUUCGAUUUGUGUUUAAUUCGUUUCAAGAUGUCUGUUUGGAUGGUAGUAUUUUUGACGGCUCUUUUACAAAAUUCAGGUGCCUACUGCGAGGAUGAUCAGAAGCCAUCAAUUGGUGAGCAGCUGAACAUCAUCAUUAAAGACGUGAGUUCCUACCUCUACUGGCUCUUCGGCUAUGGAGAUGAUGAGUCUUUAGCAGAAAGCCAGUUAGAGGAAUCGGAUUUAUUGACAGAAGAAUUUGUUAAAGACGUCGACGAUAUGGUCCAAUUGAUGCACGCUGAAAUUGAAAAACGUAUAAAACAUGCAAAAGAUGUAGAACGCCAAGAAAGUGAGAUUGAUAAAAAUAAUUCCGACGAAAAGAUUGAAGAUAGUGAUAAGAAAGUUAUAAAGAAAGGCAGCGAUGAAAAUAGUGAAGAAAAAGAUGGCAUGGAAGUUAUUCCCUUGGAAAUAGAGGCCGAACAACGCCGAUGAAAUAGCCGAUUUUAUUAUAUACUGACUUGGUAAUUUUAAUUUUUUUCUUGUAUGGUAUAAAAAAUAUUUUAAUGAAACUUCGUUAUUGUACUGUUA